AAUCCAUCACACAGAGGAAACACAUUCCCCUGCUACCUGAGCCCUCCACUGCGGACACCAUGCACUGCAACACCUUCUCCGGGGCCGUCUUCCCAGGGUGCUACUGGGGCAGCUGCGGCUACCCCCUGGGGUAUAGCGUGGGCUGUGGCUACGGCAGCACCUACUCCCCCGUGGGCUACGGCUUCGGUUAUGGCUACAACGGCUGUGGGGCCUUCGGCUUCAGAAGAUACUGGCCAUUUGAUCUCUACUGAUUUGCUGAAAUUUGCCGAGGCGCUGAAUCUUCUCUCCCAAGGCUGAGAGGCAACCCUCCACGUCCCUCCCCCUACCUCCGUCUUUAGUCCUCAUUUGCCGCUCAACCUCCCAGGCGCUGCUUCUCGGGCCUAGCCCUGGAGUCCGGAGGGAAGAACAGGAACGAGCCGAUGACGCCUCCAGCUGCCUUCCCUGCAUGAUGUUCUUUGAGACAUUUUCAGAAACUUGAUACCCAAACAUGUAUUUCUUCUGAAUUUUUCACCACGCUCACAACUCUUGAUAAAGUUGUGGGUGUGGGUGUGGAAUUCUCAAUAAACUUGUCUCAACCAGCAUACUACUCA